AGCUGUUUGAGUGCCCCGAGACCGAUUGCGGCGAGGAGUUCGACGAUUUUUCUUCCCUCCAGAAACACAUUUGUAGCAGCCACCUUCCGCUACCUCGGCCUCAUGUCGUGGAUGCAGGGCCUGCCAGACUUCAGCGAAAAGGACGACACCGAGCUCCGCGCACGGAGAGGAGGUCGCAAGGGAUCCGCGGGCAAGGCAGGCAGCUCCAGAGGCGAGGGCUCGAACGAGCACACGCCGAAGAGGAAGGACACCAAGAGAGGGGACCUGAGCGAGCUCGACUAUGGCGAGACGGACGUGACCAAGAGGCGGUCGCUGCGGAGCUUGGCCUAGCGACAGCGACAGAUCGAGAUUAUCGGGCUGAAUACAUUCAUCAUCAUCAUGUCGUUAGGACUGCAGAUGGCAGCGAAGGCGAAAAAGGACGAGUAUGCGCUUGGAUACGCGGCGCAGAAAACAGCAGGGCCUACUAAAACAAGCAGCAGAGCGACGAGAAUAUCAGGCUGACGGGCACGAGCUCGGUGGCGUGCUACGCGGGCGUGGUCGGGGGCUGAUGGCCGAGGGCAGCGCGGUGAGGCGCGCGAGCCAGCAGAAUCCCGAGACCAUGGCAGGCGAGGUGGCCCCGCUGGCGAAGGGCACUGUCUGCUACGAGGAAGGGCAGGUGAAGCUUGUACUGGCGCCAGGCGGCGGGCUGACCGUGGCAUCCGUGCUGAACUCGCUGAUCCAGGACCAGAUGGGCAUUGUGCUGCUGAACGCGCGCAUACACGGUAAUGACCGGAAGCGUGUGAAGCCGAUCCCCGCCGCGUUGUUGGCGGAGCUGCAAAGCACCUUCUUGCCCGUCUACCAU